AUGAAAACCGUAUCUCAUCCCCGCCGAAAACCCCGUUUCUUUCUUUCUUCUCUCUCGAUUCUCAAACCUCCACCACUUCACUUCUCUACAUCUGCUCUCCAACUUUGCAUCUCCAGCGCGAUCCUUCUACAACUUCGCAUAUUCGUCGCUUGUUCAUACAGAAUUCAAGAAUUUCUAUGGUUUCGAUUAUUGAGUGAGGUACAGGGAGGUGUAAUCGUUUUGGACUCUUUACUAAUUGACUUGAAAUUGAACCCUAAAAACUCAAUCCACACUUCUAACUUCUCUGUUUCUCUCUUCUUCCACUCCAAUCGAGCUUUAAUGAUUGCGAGGGCCCCAACUCUUGCCGAUGUUUCUUGUCACCCUCUUGUUAAGGAACCAUAUAAUAUCUCUCAAGAGAUAGAGCGUAAGCGUGCAUUGUCCAUGGUUCUCUCCCAGACAAAGCACCAAGAGCGUAAAGAUGCUGAGGUUCUUUCUGAAGCUAAGAAAAUAACUGAUUCACGUAUGGCUGCAAAGGCUGCUCAAGAUGCAGAGUUGGGUGUCACAUCAAAUAUUAGUCCAGAAGGUGUGGAGAAAAAUGGUGCUCCUGCUGAUACCGUAUCACCUUCUAGUAUGCAGGUGGCUGCAAGUGGAGGUGGAGGUGUUGCACCUUUGAUGUCAAUGGCAGACAAUGUUGCUGCUGCUGCAGCUUCUCUUCGCAUGCUUCCAGUGUACUUGAGAACCUAUGCACUGGAUCAAAUGGUGCAAGCUGCAAGCUCUUCAGUAGGAUUGCGAACUAUUAAGCGUGUUGAACAGUUCUUACAAGAGCUCAAGGUGAAUUUGAAACCCAAAGUCCCUACUAAAGCUGUUUGUGCAGAGCAUCUGGAAUUGCGAAAGGAGAUACUGACUCUUCUAAAUCUUCAGAAACUGUGCUAUCACUGCACUAUUCUAGGGAGCUUGAUGGGUCUGAAGUCACAGGUCUGCUGGGAAAGGGUAGUUUCAUUUGUGAAAUAUGAUGUGUUCUCUGUUUCUUCAUCAACAUCUUCUUUUAGCAUAAAGGCAUCCCUUGGGAACUUGAGAAUAAGUGAUGAUAUUCAUAUGUAUACUCAGAUGAUGCAGGAAACUGGUGGUCAGCAGUCCAUGGUUGAUGGAAGCGAAUAG